AUGCAGACCACCCUGUCCCUCUCUCGGCCGGCCCUUCGCGCCGCCGCGGCCCGCCCAGGCGCCUUCACCGCCCGCCGCCUGCACCAGGCGCGCCCCCUGGUGGUCAAGGCUGCCCCUGGGGACGAGUCUCUGGGUGACAAGGCUAAGAGCGCUCUGGACUCCGCCAAGCAGGCUGUCAGCGAUGCUGCCGGCAAGGUGAAGGAGACAGUGGUGGGGACGGCGGAGGAGGUGCAGGAGACGGCGGAGGAUGUGGGCAAGGAGGGGCGCGAGAAUCUGGGCCGCGCCAAGCAGAGGGCCGACGGCGCGCUGGGCGGCGCCCAGGAGUCUGCCAAGGAGACCUACGGCAGCGCCAAGGAGCGCGUGGAGGAGGCUGUGCAGGGGGCCAGGGAGAAGGCUUCCGAGCUGGGAGGCCGCGCCGAGGGUGCAGCCAAGGACGCCGGGCGCAAUGUCGAGGGCGCCGCCAAGGAAGCCGGACAGAAUGUCGAGGGUGCUGGGGACGCCGCAUCUCGCCACGCCCGCGAGGUGGCCGACGCCGCCAGCGAGAAGUUUUCUGACCUCAAGGGCGAUGCGCGCGAGGGUCUGGGGCGCGCCAAGGCCAAGGGAGAGGAUGUGGCGGAUGAGGCCCAGGGCAAGGCCCAGGAGACUGCGGAGAGGCUGAAGCAGUGA